CUCCCUUUUCCACUGACAUUUUGCAUUUUGCUUGGCUUGUUUCGUUUCGUCGGGAAUUUCUAAUUAAUUUAGAAAGAAAAAUUAAAUCUUCGAUUUAUUAUUUAUUUUCCAAUUGAAAACAAUAGAACAAAAUAAAAAAAUAUGGCUCGACGUGGAGCACAAGCCGAAGAUUUAUCAAAUGUUGAAUUUGAAACAAGUGAAGAUGUUGAAGUUAUACCCACAUUCAAUUCGAUGAACCUCAAAGAGGAACUCUUGCGGGGUAUCUACGCGUACGGUUUCGAAAAGCCUUCGGCCAUCCAACAGAGAAGUAUUAAGCCAAUUGUAAAAGGGCGCGAUGUUAUUGCCCAGGCACAGUCGGGUACAGGCAAAACGGCAACAUUCUCUAUUUCUAUCCUUCAAAGCUUAGACACAACACUCCGAGAGACACAAGUUCUGUGUCUAUCGCCAACUCGUGAGUUGGCUGUUCAAAUUCAGAAGGUCAUUUUGGCUCUCGGGGAUUUCAUGAACGUUCAGUGUCACGUUUGCAUUGGUGGAACUAAUCUCGGUGAGGACAUCCGAAAAUUAGACUAUGGACAGCAUAUAGUUAGUGGAACACCAGGGCGUGUGUUUGAUAUGAUCAAAAGAAGAGUUCUUCGAACAAGAGCUAUCAAGAUGCUGGUUCUCGAUGAAGCUGAUGAGAUGCUGAACAAGGGAUUCAAAGAACAAAUUUACGAUGUCUACAGAUAUCUCCCUCCAGCAACACAAGUUGUCUUGAUUUCAGCUACACUCCCCCAUGAAAUCCUCGAGAUGACCUCCAAAUUCAUGACCGAUCCCAUUCGUAUCCUCGUCAAACGUGAUGAAUUGACAUUAGAAGGAAUUAAGCAAUUUUUCGUCGCUGUUGAGCGUGAAGAAUGGAAAUUCGACACACUGUGUGAUCUCUACGACACCCUGACCAUCACCCAAGCAGUCAUAUUUUGCAACACCAAGCGUAAGGUCGAUUGGUUGACUGAGAAGAUGCGCGAGGCCAACUUCACAGUGAGCUCCAUGCACGGAGACAUGCCCCAAAAGGAGCGUGACGAAAUCAUGAAGGAAUUCCGUGCUGGACAAAGUCGUGUCCUCAUCACCACCGACGUGUGGGCGCGUGGCAUAGACGUCCAACAGGUCUCACUGGUCAUCAACUAUGAUCUGCCCAACAAUCGUGAAUUGUACAUCCAUCGUAUUGGUCGUUCGGGUCGUUUCGGACGCAAGGGUGUCGCCAUCAAUUUCGUCAAAUCCGAUGACAUUCGUAUUCUUCGAGACAUCGAACAAUACUACUCCACGCAAAUCGAUGAAAUGCCAAUGAACGUGGCCGAUUUAAUUUAAAAUUCCAAACACAAUCAUUUUUAUCACCUUCUACAAAUGAAUUAUAUUAUAAUUUUAUAAAUAUUUAACUCAACUCAAUAAAAAUUGUAUUCAUUUC